GAGUCCCUCCCUGCUCCCCCCCUCCCCACCCCUGGUGAAAACUGCGGGCUUCGCGCUGGGUGCAGCAACUGGAGGCGUUGGCGCACCAGGAGGUGGCUGCAGCUUGGGGAGUCCAGAAUCCAGGACGGAACUCUUGGCACCAUGAACCCAGCCAUCAGCAUCGCUCUCCUGCUUUCAGUCUUGCAGGUGUCCCGAGGGCAGAAGGUAACCAGCCUGACAGCCUGCCUGGUGAACCAGAGCCUUCGCCUGGACUGCCGUCAUGAGAAUAACACCAACAUACCCAUCCAGCAUGAAUUCAGCCUGACCCGAGAGAAGAAGAAGCACGUGCUCUCAGGCACCCUCGGGGUACCCGAGCACACGUACCGCUCCCGGAUCACCCUCUCCAACCAGCGCUAUAUCAAGGUCCUUACCCUAGCCAACUUCACCACCAAGGAUGAGGGCGAGUACUCUUGUGAGCUUCGAGUCUCGGGCACAAAUAUCGAAAGCUCCAAUAAAAGUAUUCAUGUGUAUAGAGACAAGCUGGUCAAGUGUGGCGGCAUAAGCCUGCUGGUUCAGAACACUUCGUGGAUGCUGUUGCUCCUGCUUUCCCUCUCCCUCCUCCAAGCCAUGGAUUUCAUUUCUCUGUGACUGGUUGGGCCCAAGGAGAAACAGGAAACCUCAAGGUCCGCUGCAGAGGUCUUGCUUCUCCGGGUCAGCUGACUCCCUCCCCAAGUACUUCAAAUAUCUCAAAACAUGGGGAGAAACAGGGAUCCUGUCCCUCCUAAGGAACCCCAGUUCUGCAUGCCAUCACCUCCCACCUUUGCCCCCACCCCCCACUUCACCCUCAAUGCACACCAUUAGCUGUCAUUUUGUACUCCUGUAUUCCAGGGCUGCUUCUGAUUAUUUAGUUUGUCCUUCCCUGGAGACCUGAUAGAACAUAAGGGUGUAUGAUGGGUAGGAAAAGCAGGAUAUCAGUCCCUGGGGUGAGUUCCUACUUGCCAACCAAGUCAGAUCCCUGAAAGAGAUGUGGAUGAGAGAUGUUGUUCUGUGUCUGGGCCUGGUACAGUCAUACUCUGUUGAAGAGUCAUUCAGUGGGCAGGGAAGGGGGCCUCAAGAUAGGAGAGCACUGCUGAGCCUGUGCAGACCACCCAAUGAGGAUGAGAACUAAGAUUCCACCAGGUCAUUCUCAGCCACCACAUACAAGCCCCCUCCCAUCACUGAAAAAGCUCCCUAGGGCUCUUGGGCCAGGGCACAGUCAGUAAAGAUGCAGGUUCAGCCAGAGAAUGUUGGGGAAAAGGGUAAGAGGUGGAAAAGGGAUCACCCCUCCUGUAAAACAUGAGCGCACUGUCUCCAAAGGCCACUGCCUAUAGUGAAGGUGGCAGAAGGCAAGUCCCCUCCUCUGCUCUCAAGGAGCCAGAACUCUGACUCCAGGAUCUAAGUCAGUGCAGGAAGGGAGUCCUAGAGCCAUCCAGUUGGACCCAGCUUGCUAAGGGAGAUUCUUCUUUCUUCUUUCCCUUGCCCCUCUAUGCCAGCCCCUCUUGCUGUCCCUGAUCCCCCAGACAGCCAGAGUCUUGCAACCUACCACUGACGGGACCUCCUAGUCUCAGAGGGAGGUGGUUCAGUGAGCUCCAGUGUGCACAAUUUUUGGAAGAUAGCUUUUCCAAGCACCCUCUUGCCCACUGGCGGCAUGGCCUGUCCCAUCACCAUGUGUAAUACCACCACAGCUUACAGCAUCUCACCAAGGAAAAGAAAACUGCACAAUAAAACCAAGCCUCUGGAGUCUG